AUGAAGCCGUUACCGAUAGGGUUAGAAGAAAUCGUUGGUUGUGUAUGGUUUCAAAACAAACGAUCGAAGGAGCGGCGUCUAAAACAACUGACGUCGAUGGGACGGGGUCCUUUCUUCGGGUCAUCGCGGAAGAUGCGUGGGUUCCCAAUGAACCUAUCCCCUGGCGGCCUCGAGGAAGGACCGCCGGGGUUUCCGUACUUCGCGACUGCGGAUGGAAAGUUCGAGUUUGGAUAUGGCCCGCCGUUCCACCAUGAUGCGCCGUUUUUCCAUCCGCCGCCGGCGAUGCCGUUCAAUCAGCCAGGCGGAAUGGAAUCGAUGCCGGGCGGCGAAUUCCCUGAACAGUUUCCACCGCCAGACCACCUGGUCUUGCCCCGGCCUUCCUCCCCCGAGUUCACGUUCGGCGACGCCCCCCCACCCCUCCACCCGGAGGGUCUGGUCUGGUAG